AUGUCCAACGAUCGCUCCGCUCCUAUCAACGUCCCCAGCCCGAGUCUCGCCCUCGUCGAGCAUCCAUCGCCGACCUCUUUUCAAAGCAGCCCAGCAAACCAACGCCGCCUAUCCAUCACCACCCUCGGCCUAUCCGGUUCCCCCACCCAAACCUCAGCCUUUGGGAACCAGUCCUUCCGUCGAGGCAGCAUGUCCAGCUCCCUCGGCUCCGCCCCAAACCCCGAAGACGCCGUCGCUGAUGAACCGGAGAGCUCCUCGCCCGGUGCCACCCCCAGCUCACCCUGGGCGCGAAGAGUCUCUUUUGGCGCACAAGCACUCCGUGAAGCUCGUGCCGGAAGCAUAAGCAACGGUAGAUACCCUCCCCGUUCUGGUUCUGGUUCUUCUGCUGCUGCCCCUUCGUCACUGGCAGGGGUGCGUCGCUCGCCACCUUUGGGAAGCGCCAGUACCACCACCACCACCCCUGCCCAAGCCCAAGCCCAAGCCCAAUCCCGAUCUUCCGCAAGUACUUCAUCUCCACUGGAAGAGAAAUCUAACCCGUCGCGCCGAGUAGGCGAAGGUUUCAACUGGUCGGAGGCCCUCCGUUCGCGGGCCGAGCGUGCCCCCUCCAUCGGCGGUCCCAUCUCGCCGCAGAUUCCCUCGGCGAAUCGUUCCCACAAUCACCAACGUGCCGCCUCCAUUGCCUCCAUGGAGCAACCCAUUCGGGAAAUCCCAAAGCAACCCAAGCAGAACAAGCCCGAUUUCUUCCAGGAGAAGAUUCUUCGUGGUGACUUUAUGGAUUAG